CCCCGCGGUAGUGGUGCACCUCCGCGACCAGGAAACGGGAAAGAUGGCGGCUGCUCUACGACGUUGAGGCCGCGUUAGGCGGUUCAGGCUCAGGGUGAUGGCAGGAGAACUGGCUGACAAAAAGGAUCGAGAUGCAUCACCUUUCAAGGAGGAAAGGAAGCGAUCACGGACUCCUGACCGAGAGCGUGAUAGAGAACGGGACCGGAAGUCUUCCCCAUCUAAAGAUAGGAAGCGUCAUAGGUCAAGGGAUAGACGUCGAGGAGGCAGCCGCUCUCGCUCUCGUUCCCGUUCUAAGUCUACAGAGAGAGAGCGACGACACAAAGAGCGAGAGCGAGAGAAGGAACGGGAUCGGAAUAAGAAGGACCGUGAUCGUGACAAAGAUGGACACAGACGGGACAAGGACCGGAAACGAUCUAGUUUAUCUCCUGGCCGAGGAAAAGAUUUUAAGUCUCGGAAAGACAGAGAUUCUAAGAAGGAUGAAGAGGAUGAACAUGGUGAUAAGAAGCCUAAGACCCAGCCAUUAUCCCUGGAGGAACUUCUGGCUAAGAAAAAGGCUGAAGAAGAAGCAGAGGCUAAGCCCAAGUUCCUCUCCAAAGCAGAGCGGGAGGCUGAAGCUUUAAAGAGGCGGCAGCAGGAGGUAGAAGAGCGACAGCGGAUGCUUGAGGAAGAGAGGAAAAAGAGGAAACAGUUCCAAGACUUGGGCAGGAAGAUGCUGGAAGAUCCUCAGGAACGAGAGCGUAGGGAACGCAGGGAGAGGAUGGAGCGGGAGACCAAUGGAAAUGAGGAUGAGGAAGGGCGGCAAAAGAUCCGUGAAGAGAAGGAUAAGAGCAAGGAACUACAUGCUAUUAAGGAGCGUUAUCUGGGUGGCAUCAAAAAACGACGCCGAACAAGGCAUCUCAAUGACCGCAAGUUUGUGUUUGAGUGGGAUGCAUCUGAGGAUACCUCCAUUGACUAUAAUCCUCUGUACAAAGAACGUCACCAGGUGCAGCUGUUGGGGCGAGGUUUCAUUGCUGGCAUCGAUCUAAAGCAGCAGAAACGAGAGCAGUCACGUUUCUAUGGAGAUCUCAUGGAGAAAAGGAGAACCCUGGAAGAAAAGGAGCAGGAGGAGGCAAGACUCCGCAAACUUAGAAAGAAGGAAGCCAAGCAACGUUGGGAUGAUCGCCAUUGGUCCCAGAAGAAGUUAGAUGAGAUGACAGACAGAGACUGGAGGAUCUUCCGUGAAGACUAUAGCAUCACCACCAAGGGUGGCAAGAUCCCUAAUCCCAUCCGAUCCUGGAAAGAUUCUUCUCUGCCUCCACACAUUUUAGAGGUCAUUGAUAAAUGUGGCUACAAGGAACCAACACCUAUCCAACGUCAGGCCAUUCCCAUUGGGCUACAGAAUCGUGACAUCAUUGGUGUGGCCGAGACUGGCAGUGGCAAGACAGCAGCCUUCCUCAUUCCAUUACUGGUCUGGAUUACCACGCUUCCCAAAAUUGACAGGAUUGAAGAGUCAGACCAGGGCCCUUAUGCCAUCAUCCUGGCUCCCACCCGUGAGUUGGCUCAACAGAUUGAAGAAGAGACCAUCAAGUUUGGGAAGCCACUAGGCAUUCGUACUGUGGCUGUUAUUGGUGGCAUCUCCAGAGAAGACCAAGGCUUCAGACUACGCAUGGGUUGUGAGAUUGUGAUCGCCACCCCAGGACGUCUGAUUGAUGUGUUGGAGAACCGCUACCUGGUACUAAGCCGCUGUACAUAUGUGGUUCUGGAUGAAGCAGACAGGAUGAUUGAUAUGGGCUUUGAGCCAGAUGUCCAGAAGAUUCUGGAACACAUGCCUGUCAGCAACCAGAAGCCAGAUACAGAUGAGGCUGAGGAUCCAGAGAAGAUGUUAGCUAACUUUGAGUCUGGAAAACAUAAAUACCGCCAAACAGUCAUGUUCACGGCUACCAUGCCCCCGGCAGUGGAGCGUCUAGCCAGGAGCUAUCUUCGGCGACCUGCUGUGGUGUACAUUGGCUCUGCAGGCAAGCCCCAUGAACGCGUGGAACAGAAGGUCUUCCUCAUGUCAGAGUCAGAAAAGAGGAAAAAGCUGUUGGCAAUCUUGGAGCAAGGCUUUGAUCCUCCCAUCAUUAUUUUUGUCAACCAGAAGAAGGGUUGUGAUGUGCUGGCCAAGUCCCUAGAGAAGAUGGGGUACAAUGCUUGCACACUGCAUGGUGGAAAAGGCCAGGAGCAGCGAGAAUUUGCACUGUCCAAUCUCAAGGCUGGAGCCAAGGAUAUCUUGGUGGCUACUGAUGUGGCUGGUCGUGGUAUCGAUAUUCAAGAUGUAUCUAUGGUUGUCAACUAUGAUAUGGCUAAAAAUAUUGAAGAUUACAUUCACCGCAUUGGCCGCACAGGAAGAGCAGGCAAGAGUGGUGUGGCCAUCACAUUCCUCACCAAAGAGGACUCAGCUGUGUUCUAUGAGCUAAAGCAAGCCAUCCUGGAGAGCCCAGUGUCUUCUUGCCCCCCAGAGCUGGCUAACCACCCAGAUGCCCAGCACAAGCCAGGCACCAUCCUCACUAAGAAGCGCCGGGAAGAGACCAUCUUUGCUUGACACAACACUCUUCCAUUGGGUUUCAAGGCAUGCUGUGAAGCUGCCUGAUGCCAAUUCCUAAAGAUCUGCACAUCCCUCUUUCCAGGCUCUCAUUCUUGGGAUAUUGGGCUUAGGGAACAACUCCCUGGCCUAGGCCCUCAGGUUUGGAGGCCUGCACUUAGGGCUGCUGCAAAAGGACAGGAAGAUGCUGUGGGAGCAGGGAGAGCAAACUGCCACAAGCUUUGGCCCAGCCACUUACAGGAACUUUAGGGUUGUCCUGGGCCAUCAGCUCUUCCCAGAUCAUGGGACAGCCGGUUGGCACUACUGCCUCAGAUUAAACAAACACCUGGCCACCUGGGACCUUCAGGACAGACACAAGUGUGUAACUGUAUGCUGCAGCAAUGUUGCUGCCCUAAAUGGACCCACAGGACCUGGCACCGUGAGGAUUGUGGACCUUGGACUCUCACUGUCACUUUGACAGCUGUUUUCCUAUUUGGAGUAUAAAACAGGUUGAGAGCCUUUAGAAAUGUGCACAGCCCCGUGCCAAGGGGUGCCAUGCACUCUAGGUGUCCCUCCCCCAGGGAAUUUUUUUUAGAUGUGGGGGUGGGGUAAGCUGGCUGUGCUCAUCUUUAACUCACUGAGUGAAAUUUCUGUUUUCUAUUCUCUGAGAAGAUAAGUUUGUAUGUUCUGAGAAUAAAUACAUGACUGUUAA